AUGGACUUCCAGACAGACCAACUGCCUAUUUCCUUUGAAAUUUCUACGACAUCCACCAAGCCAAAGCUGACUCGCACGAGUACAAGCAAAGUCAGAACAGGCUGUGUCACCUGCAAAAAGCGUCAUGUCAAAUGUGAUGAAGCAAAGCCUCACUGUCGAAACUGUGUGAGGAACAACCGGCAAUGUGAAGGUUACGCCAUUCCGGACAGAAAGCGGAAUAAGGGGCCAGGUCAGUUUCAAUGGGAUUCGAAACGUGUCACUUGGACGGCUCCCUUGAAAACGCAGCUCCAUCUUGUUCAAGAUUCUCUCGACUUCAGAGACGCUCAGAGUGUUCUUUAUUUUGAUGAGUUUAUACAAGUUGUGCAGAGCCCCUGGAUCUCCGCUGGCUUCAAUAGCGAUUUAUGGUCCGUGACGUUACCCCAAGUUGCACGCACCAACGAUAUUGUACGGCAUGCCGCGAUAGCAAUCGGCGCAUUGAGCAAAUGGCUUGCCAAGUUGGAGUACGAUUCGCUUGGUUCGUUGUUAUCAGCGGAUAAUGAAGCUGCACAGGAGGAUCCGGACUAUCUGAAUGCGGUAUCGCACUACUGCCAUGCGCUCAAACUACAGAGCCAACAAGUUUCGAUACACGACGCUGUAUUCCUUUCAGUCCUGUUUCUGUGCUUCGAAACAUUGCGGGGGAACAGGAAAGCUGCCCUAGAUCAUAUCAACCAUGGGUUGGCUAUGUUACUUGCGCUCUUGACUGAUGAAGAUUCUUCUUUGAUGAAAUCCAUCGCCCCAAAUCCGAAGCCGCUCAUCGCCGUGGUAGCAGACAUCUUCUCCCAGCUGCUCCCACAAACAAGACUCAUACUACGUGGAAACAUCGGCCGUAGCCCCGCUGUACCAAACUUCACCAGAGGCCUGCGGGCCAAGAAGCAUACAGUCGAGUCUUUCAUGUCCAUGGUAAACCAGAUACCUCGUGACUACCCACCUACCGAAAAACUACCGCCUGUUCUUGACAACCUGGACGACUUUGAGAAAUAUUGGCUCACUGGUCGGAAUGCCAAACUUGCAGUGGUUCCUCUCCUCAUGGAGGCGGUCCAGAACACUGGUGUUUUGGUCUCAUCAGAUCCAGAUAUCAUUUCUAGAGUUUGGAGGGAAAUCACGGCGGACCCCCGUAUCAAAGAAAUAUGUGAAGCCUCUACGAAAGAGCUAAGGGCCCUCGAAGCUGCAUUCAUGCCUCUCUUCAACCGUGCCAUCAUGUCGGAUGCGAAAUCGACGGACUACAUCAGAGCUGUCCAUCUUCGCUUGCAUUAUCUCGGCACAUGCACCUUCGAUGAUCUCACGCAUUUCUACGAUGUUGAACCCAUCCAAGCCAAGACUCCCCUAUUUCACGAGUACCUCUCCCUAGCCGAGAUUAGUAUCCGAAUCGCGAAGCGAGACUUGAAGAACCCGGCGCAGCAGCUUUCUCUACAAUGCAACAUGGCAUCGCAUCUCUUUCUCAUCGCAUUAUACUGUCGCGACGCGCUCCUUCGCGAUGAAGCUACAUGGUUGCUGAAAGACUACCCUGGCCAAGACGGGAUCUGGAACGCCCGCUCGCUGUACCUACUAGCUCACAGAAAUAAGGUCGUGGAGAGGAUAAAUGCAUCUGAAGGUACGCCCAUAGAGCAAUGGCACAGGUUACUGCGCAGGGAGUACCUGUUUGAAGAAGGAGGUGACCGUGUUAUUUUUUGCUAUCUGGAAAAGGAUGAGACUACAGGGGAGUGGCAGCUUGUGGAGGAGACGGCCGUAGUGAAGGGAGAGCUUGACGCUAUUCAGUGGACAAGAAGGCCGCCUUCGGCAGCUGGUAGACCGUUACUGGGAGAUAUCAUUACCCUCUGGCCUGAGUUGGUAGAAUGA